AUGCCUGCCCAUAGAGACCCAAUACGAGUCUACGCCCUUGCACCGACCUUUGAUCAACACACCGAUGGCUUUGGAAUCGGUAAUCCGACACCUCGAAUUUCUUGGAAAUUUGGAAACAGGGACAGAACAAUCCGUAGCUGGCGACAAGUAUUAUAUGACCUGGAAAUCCAUCGAGAUGGCUCAACUUCACGCUACACCGCCAGAAGUGAUCAGUCCGUUUUACUUGAAUGGCCAGAUCAGCCCUUGCGCUCAAGGGAAAGGGCUUCUGUGAGAGUGCGAGCUUUCACAACACAAGAUGUUACUCCUCAUACUGGUACGGGGUGGUCUCCCUGGGCCGAAGUUGAGACAUCGCUAUUGUCAAAAGAUGACUGGGCAUCACAAAUGAUAUCUAGCUCCACCGUGGUCCAGGCAGAUGAGCCCAUUCGCCCACCCCGCUUUCGAAAAGCGUUUGAAAUCCCUAAAGAAAUAGGUGCAAUAAAGUCUGCAAGGCUCUAUAUUACCGCCCAUGGAGUCUACAGCGCUUUUAUUAAUGGAACCCCUGUCGGUGAUCAUCUGAUGGCUCCGGGUUGGACUUGCUAUCAUUCCAGGCUACACUUCCAAGUCUUUGAUGUAACAAAGCUACUCAAUCAUGAUGCCAAUGUUCUUGCAGUCGAGGUGGGCGAGGGGUGGUUUGCAUCCCGGCUUUGGCGCGAAGGUCGCUUUGUUUUUGGCAAGGAUCUCGCCGUCUUGUCACAAUUGGAAAUCGAGUUUGAGAAUCCCGGAGACCGACUAACAAUUUUAUCGGACGAGACUUGGGAGUCGAGCGUCGGUCCAAUUCUCAGCAGUGAGAUCUAUGACGGCGAGGUGUAUGAUAUGACACAGGAGCAACCCGGAUGGAAUGUACCUGGUGACAGCUCAUCAGGAUGGACGCCUGUGCGGACCUUGCCAUUUACCACCGCAGAAAUGGUUAUACCAGAAGGCCCUCCAGUCCGAGUCGUAGAGGAAAUUGAACCCAAAAAGAUCUUCAAAAGUCCCUCUGGGAAGGUUCUGGUCGACUUUGGGCAAAACAUCGUUGGCAAAUUGCGUGUUCGAUCGCUCAACAAACCUGAAGGCACCUUGGUCUCCUUUCAGCAUGCGGAAGUUCUCGAGAAUGGUGAACUGGGUAUCCGCCCGCUUCGAAAUGCGAAAUGCACCGAUACUAUCAUCUGUUCCGGUCGGGAGAUGGUGGAGUGGUCACCCAGUUACACAUUCCACGGGUUUCGCUAUGUGCAAAUCGAGGGGUGGACUCCUGAGGAUGAGCUAUUUCCUUUGCACAGCUCGAAUCUAACUGCCCUGGUCAUGCAUACGGAUAUGCAAAGGACUGGGUGGUUCAAAUGUUCCAAUGACUUGGUGAACAAGCUGCAUGAAAAUGCGCUUUGGGGGAUGCGUGGGAACUUUUUGUCAAUUCCUACGGAUUGUCCACAGCGUGACGAGCGACUUGGAUGGACGGGAGAUAUUCAAGUCUUCUCCCCGUCUGCAUCGUAUUUGUAUCACACCGCAGGAAUCCUGGGAGAUUGGCUCAAGGAUCUGGCCUGUGAGCAGAAGAAAGGAGGCGGUGUCCCGCCUAUGAUUGUGCCAGAUGUUUGUCUCACUAAGCCGGCCCGUCCCCCUCAGGCUGUGUGGGGAGAUGCAGCUGUUUUGGUACCGUGGGUUCUCUACAAAUUCACAAGCGACUCCAAAAUUCUUCAAACGCAGUAUGAAAGUAUGAAGUCUUGGCUUGACGAUGGAUGUUGUCGCGGGCCCGAUGGUUUGUGGUCGGAUUCAUUGUGGCAGCAUGGCGACUGGCUGGAUCCCUCUGCUCCACCAGACGACCCCGGCAAUGGUGCCACAGAUGGAGUUUUCGUUGCAGAUGCAUACCUUGUUCACAGCACUCAUGUCAUUAGCAAGGUUGCCACAAUGCUGGGAUAUGAAGAGGACAGCGAACGAUACAAAUCCGAUUACGUGAGGCUGAAGGGCCUUUUCCAGAGAAAAUACAUCACGCCAGCAGGUAAUGUAGCCUGCGAUACACAGACCGCACUAUCUCUUGCCAUCGUUUUCCAGCUCUUCGAGAACUCAGAGCAAGUGAAGACUGCCGGAGACCGCCUAGCACGACGUGUCCGGUUUGCUCGAUUCCGCGUGUCAACAGGAUUCGCGGGUACACCACUCGUCACGCAUGCGUUGACCAUGACUGGAAAAUCUGACAUCGCAUAUCGCAUGCUUCUCGAAAAAGAAUGUCCAUCAUGGCUUUAUCCCGUCACCAUGGGCGCCACGACCAUCUGGGAGCGAUGGGACAGCAUGCUUCCUGACGGCAGCAUCAACCCAGGAACAAUGACCAGCUUCAACCACUACGCCUUAGGAUCAAUAAUCAACUGGCUUCAUCAAUCCGUCGCGGGUAUCAGUCCCACUGAACAGGGCUGGAAGAAAUUUCUCGUUCGCCCCGUGCCUGGGGGUGGUAUCACCUCUGCAGAAACUAAAUACGAUAGUCCGUAUGGAUUGAUAGAAUGCUCUUGGAAAUUGAGAGGCCCAACCGCAUUCAGCAUGGACUUGAUCAUUCCCCCUAACGCGACAGCUUACGUUAUUCUUCCAGACAGACAACGACACGAUUGCGACAUCUCGAAGGAGGUAGGAGUUCAUUUCGACGCAGGCGAGUACGAGAUAUACUGUGAUUUUACUCCCAGGGCGUGGCCGCCCAAGGCACUUCUCACUCUUUUCCGUGAAGACACGAGUGAUGAUUGUGCAGAGACUCCUAUGAGUUGA